CCCACCCCACUCUGGUCUAAGCAUAGAGAGUCCUCUGCUUCCAGGAAGCCCAUGCGGGCCUGGGUCCACUCAGCUCCUGUCCUCCUACCUACUACUGUGCAGAGAAUGUGGAUGGACUAUUCCUCACUUACCAGCAUGCGUCUUUGCAGAGUUUGAUGGGGCGCCGGGCGGAUGACAGCGGGAACGGUUGUGAUCACUGGCGGAAUCCUAGCUACAGUGAUCCUCCUCUGUAUCAUUGCUGUCCUGUGCUACUGUAGGCUCCAGUAUUACUGCUGCAAGAAGAGUACAGACGAUGAGGAUGCUGAGGAGGAGGAAGAGGAGGAAGAGGAGGAACACGACCUUUCCCUCCAUCCCCGAGCCCCCACCUGCAAUGCCUGCAGCUCCCAAGUCCUGGAUGGCAGAGGCAACCUGGCGCCUCUCACCAGCGAGCCCUGCAGCCAGCAGUGUGGGGUGGCCAGCCACUGCACCACUUGCUCCCCAUACCGCACCCCCUUUUACAUACGGACAGCUGACAUGGUGCCCAAUGGGGGUGGAGGCGAGAGGCUCUCCUUUGCCCCUACACAUUACAAAGAGGGGGGAACCCCAUCCCUCAAAUUGGCAGCACCUCAGAGUUACCCGGUGACCUGGCCAAGUUCUGGGCAUGAGGCCUUCACUAAUCCAAGGGCUAUUAGUACAGAUGUAUAAUCCUUUCACCCCAAUCUGCACACACCCAACACUGUCCCAGCAGGAGCAAUGGAGUGGAGGGGACCCUUCAAUAGUCUCCCCCGCAGGAACCGUCUCAGUUUCUCUGGCUUCCAUAGCAGAAGGUUCACUAGGAUGUGAGCUAGUCAAUGCAUCAAGGACCGGGCAGGAUCGAUGGCCCAGAAGUGGCACCCCGAGAAGCCUGCAAUGUCACCAGUUUCUCUCCGACUCUUCCCUCUAACAGUCAGCUCUACCACACCUCCCAGUAAGCCCACACCCUUUGCUUCACUGGGCUGUGCGAAGGAACACCAGGGAAAGCCUAAGCAAAGGCUCUGGAGGCUUCCGGGGUCCGUGGGAAACGAAGUGGGCAUGGACACAAGGGGAAGGUGAGGACUAGACAUUCCAGAAUUUGAGAGGAGAAAGAGGAAAAAGUGUUAAAGGAGCCCCCAGUUUUGCUGGCUGGAAUUCACCCAUGAGGUGAUUUACACUCUAUUUUAUUUUUUAACUUUGGUGGCCUGCUCAAUAGGUAUAUGAGUUCUGAGAACACCACAUCUGCUAUCUUGCCCCUGCUCAUGAAACACACAAAUUAAUGCUAAGUGCCACAGCACACAGCUGUUUAUGGGGACCAUAUCAAGGAGAGUCUAUACAACCUUGUCUCUCCCCCCAAGUCCUCUCUUAUGCCCCCUGCUAGAGAACCUUCCCCCAGAUUUCAAUCGCUGUAUUCCAAUAAACCUAGUGAGCAGAUCUCACUGGUUACCCCUGUUCCUCCACGCUUAACCACAGAUGUAGAUUCAGCCCUGUGAGGGUGUGUGCAUGCCCAUUCCCUCCCAUGUACUUAUCAUGGGACCAGCUGCAGAGCAGAAGGGUCCAGGGUCCCAACAAGAGCUGGACCAAAAGGCAAUUAAAGUGAUCAGUCUCCAUGGCAACCAGAAGGAGGGAUCUGAGGCAAUGCUGCAGCAGUUAAGUUCCCAUGCACCUGUGCAAGCUCCUCUAGAGCCUGGUGCACGCCUUGAGCAUCCAUCUGUGAUGUGACAUUAAAAACAGGACCUUUUUAUCCCAUCAGGGGAUGUAGCCUAUCCCCUGAGUUCUGGGCCAGGGAUCUCCUGAAGUUUGGCUGUGUCUUAGUAAUUACACUUCAUGCUUGCUUGCCCUCCUUCGGCCCCCUAACUUUCCAGCCUCAUGAUGAUGGAUGAUGAGCUAUUUUUCUGUCUUACUUUAGUUCCCUAGUCCCCACACCUCCCACUUGUAACUAACAGUGGCCUUGCGGGUUUGUGUUGUUUAUUUGUUUUGUUUUGCUUAGGUGUUUUAUUUUGUUUUAGUAAGUAUGCCUGAUAAAUUCUCCAGUUACCUCUGUGGCUCAAGGGUCACUGUCCCCACUUCUAAGGGUGUAUAGUUAAUGCCUGCACAUUCCUGACUCACAGAAUGCUGUUGAGGGUGGG